AUUGAAUUCGUGGAUUCAAGCCUGAGGAAAACUGGAAAACGUGAACAGCUGUUGGAUUAUGCGUUCAUUGUACCGCUGCUAAGGCUGCUAUUUUGAUCUUAAAGCUUUCCUUGGAAAGACGAUAAUGAAAUGAGUUACCAGUAGUCUGUCCUCAAGUACCCAAAGAUCUGUUGACCUGACCUGACCCGACCUCACUGACCUGAUCAUGGAGGGGUUGUUUGGACAGAUCCUUAAGGAGGCAACAUCAAACAAGCAUGCAGCUAUACGAGAGGCCGUCAGCCAAGCACAAGGGAUAUACAGCCAGGAGUCAGAAGCUUCUACACAUUCACAGAGAGAAGUCUGUAUUGAACCAUUUAAACUGUGCUUGGAAUCAAAGACUAGCAAGAUUAUUCCCUUGGGGAUCAAUGGACUUCAGAAAGUAGUAACUGAUGAGAAAUUGAAGUGCCGAGAGGGUGAGAUAGAGCAUGAAGAUGAUACCAUGCCAAACCAGAUCCUUAGAGCAGUAGCUGUGACUCCAUCACUGAGUGAGGAGCAUCAAGUAGAGAUCAUGAAGCUUCUCUUGAUGGUAGCCUGCUCUAAUCCAUCUCAUGUGUCUCCGCAGACUGUUAUCAACAUUGCCAAGUUUUGUCAAUCGGUGUAUCUCCAGAGCAAACCUGAGGUCCACAAGGCAUGUCAGGUGACCAUUCUUCAGGUCAUGACAGAUGUAGCUCAAAGCACCAAUCGACAGGCUUGCAUUGAUUGGCCCAUUCGUCAUCCCAGUCAAGCAAGUAAUGCUGCUAAAAUCACCCUCACGCAAACCUUGAGUGUGCUGUGUAAAGCGCUAGUUAAAAGCACUAUCAUGUUAGACCAUGGAGAGAUGGCUUCUGUUGAUGAUGGUGACGAUGAAGACCGAUUAUGUGGUGAUGUGGUUGCUGUACUGGGGUUCUUAUGUAACAAGGUCUCAGAAACUCACAAAGCUGGAGCCAGCACUCAGAAUCAAACGCAGCUGACCUUUGAACUGGAAGCUAUCUUGGCCAUGCUUACCAACAUGGAGCCCAACCUGCGAAGCAGUUCAGCAUUCCAGAAAGUUCUUUGGCAAGAGCUUUGCCCCACCCUCAUCGCGAUCCUCGGUAUCCCCAAGGACCAGAAAUCCAUCAUCUCCUCUAACCAUCAUCCCGACCACCACCAUCAUCCUGGUCACCUAGCAACCAAUCAUCAUCAGGAGCACGGUAGAGGAUCCAGCAGCGCGGUGUCCGUUCCCGUCUCCUUUCGCUCAGCCAGGCACGUGAUCUACUGUAUAGCAGGAGAACUGAUCAGACUGGUAGGGUGUGUGGCUUCUAUGAGGCCUGUGAUUGGUUCAUUGCUACACAGGAUGUUGCUGUUUCCUCCGCCUUUGCAGAGGAACGAGGCCCUCAAGGUCCUUAAAGAGAUACUGUCUUCACCUGGUCGGAUCCUGGACCUAUCUGGACCUGCUAUAGAGGGAGCUGAGAUUACAUGCAUGUCAAACAAGGACCAUAAAGCAGACCUGGACCUCAUCAAACUACUCAUGGAUGCUAUUUCUGAAGCGUCUGGUUGCCAUGAGGUGUGCGUGUCUAGCAUUGGAUGUGUGGGGGCGCUGUUAGCCUCGUUGGAACAGAUCAGUCAUGGGAAAGGAAUGAGUCAAUGGCAGGCAGAAGAGAUCCUAAGGAGAGCAAAGGAAAAAGAAGAGGAAAACAAGAAAGAAAUGGAACAAGAAGAAGAUGGACCACCUUGCCUUACACCAGAAAACCUUCAUAUCAACUUCCAGCCAGAGCGGAAGAAGACACUCCUUGAACUCGCUGGAGCCUACAGAUCACCUACGGGAGAUGGGAACCAGACUGUUGAAGGUCUAGAAAGGGGCGCAGUGCAGAAUGGAGAUGGAGAAAGGGAAGGAGAUGGUGAUCUACAGGAGGUUGAUCCUAUCACACCAAGGGGAGGAUGUGAUAAUGGGGAUGGAUUGGUAGAAGGAGUGCAGGAAGAGGAGGUCCAGGAGGAGGAGGAGGACAAGGUGGUGGACCAGGAGGAUCCUGUUGCACUUGCUGCAGCUGCUUUUGCCGCCGAUGAUGAUGCAGAGGAGGAGGUAGUGGAUGAUGGUACUGGUGAUGCGGGCCAGGAUGAGACCAGGAAGGAGGCGGAAGGAAAAGAAGAAGAGAAGGAAAAGGCAGUCGAGACCAGCGAGGUUGUAGAGGAAGGUGAUGGCAGGGAGCUCGAAGAGCCUGAUGAAGAUUUAGGGGAGGACUCACCACUUAUCUCUCAGGGUGAUGAUAUCAAGAAUGGUGUCCAACAUCCUGAAUCCAGUGCAUCAGCUUCAGAGGAUGUGAAGGUAGAAGGAGAGGAUGGAGAAGCUAAAGGAUCAUCUUUACCAGGAAGCCCUUCAGCUGCUGCAGAAAAGGCUGCUCUCCUCAUUGCAAAGAAAGAGAAAGAAGCUGCCCAGGAUUUUGCUGAUGCUCUCCUCUCCAUGUUACCAAGGUUUCUUGCCAUUGAUGAUGUCACCGAUGUUGAUAAGGCUAUUCAGCUGUUUGCAUCCAGAUAUGUAAUUGGGUAUAGCAUGAAGAAGUCUGAAGCAGAAGGUGAUAAAUCCAACAAGUUGAACCUGACUCCAGUCAUCAAUGCCGAUGGUAUCUAUGUUGCUACUUACGCCUGUUUGCUACUCAAUCUCAAGCUUGUGAGAAGUGAUCAUUACCAGAACCCUGCAUCUCUACCUCUGACACAGAAACAAUUCAUUGACAGUGUCCAUUACAGCGGGGUAUUGGUGUACCUGUCGGCCAGUUGGCUGGGUGAGCUUUACAGGAUUAUUAUAACCAGGAACCUUCUGGAGGAAGGAGGCUACCAACCUUCAAUGGAAUACUGUAACCGGGCUCUUAUCUCCAUCCUGACAGAUCUUGAUGGAUUAGGAAGUCAAGAGCUUGGAGGUCAGAUGCUUCAUGAUGCCCCUACUUACAAUCAAGGGAUUAAAACGCUACCAGUCAACAACUCAAAUCUAGAAGGGUCAGCAGGUGAGGUGUUUGCCCGAGAGCUCCUGACAACCUUCUGGCGUAGGAUACUCUCCAUCCUGUCCAUACCCCUCUCCUCCAAGCACACCCUAGUCCAGGGUGGUGGCCUGGCCUUCCUACUGGGGAGUGAAGGAAGCAGCAGUAAGGAACAGAACUCAAGGGACAAAGAUGCUAUCUGUCUUAGUCUGGAUGGUCUCAGGAAGGCUGCAGAACUCAGCUGUACUCUGGGCCUCCAGACGCGUUGUGCGGCUGUCUUCGCCCAGCUGAGCGAGGCUUCCUGUGCAAGUGACAAUCCCACUCCUGACACCAAUAGUACAGAGACAUCAUCCAGGAUGGCAAGCCUUAGGGGGAAGCUAGGCAAGGGACAGGGGAUGAGGCUUCAUGCUGCCCAUGUUCUCAGUAUGGAUGCACUGCUUUCUAUGGGUCUUGAGAUGGGUAGCCACUCGGCGGAAUGCUGGGGUCAUGUCUUCAGAUGCUGUGCCUUUGUCUCACAACUCGAACACACUCAAUUCAGCAGCACCGAUGCUCAACCCUCAGUCACCCCGUUGCCAAACGUCAAAGAAUCCACUCGGUCAAUUGAACCCCUGGAGGAGGCCAUGUCGGACGAGCUUGAUCUGAUUCCUCCGUACAUGUCGGCCCAUGUCCCAGUAGCCCCUCCACCAGUCGCUCAAGCUCCGCCUCCAUCAUCAUCGGGCAUUGAUGUGCAGGAGUUCAUCAAGAAGGAGAUGGAAGAGUUAGGGUUUGAGAUUGGGUCUGCUAAGGGAGGACUGCUCAGUGUGGCCAAGGCUGCCAAAGUUGUCUGUGGACUAUCUGCAGGAGUAGACAGGCUCUUUGAUGAUGCUGCAUCUAGUCUCAACCUCCAGGCCUUACUAGGUUUCUUGCGAGAGCUACGUCUUGCAUCCCAGGCCCAGCUGUACCGCUGCUCCCAACCCAUCCCAUCUACCGAGGGCAUCGGACCCAUGGGGUUGGAUACAGCUGGUCACCCCCUUGCUGGUGACCACAGCAUGAUCGCUCCUACAUCACCCAGUAAGUCACUCCCAACGGUGGGGAAGGCAGAGACUUCAUUGCUGCUGUUCAGGCUAGGGGAUGUGAUUCUCAAGUGCGUGAGGCAUCCUAGUCGUCCCAUUAUACACAUGAUGCAGGCAUGGAGUCUAGUCGCCCCUCAUCUCAUAGAGGCUGCUUGCCACAAAGAUCGGCAUGUGUCCAAGCGAGCCAUUGACAUCAUCCAUGAUGUCCUUACAGAGGUUAUGAUGUCCAGUCAGGAGUUACCUCACUUUAACUUCCAUGAGGCUCUACUGAAACCCUUUGAAAGUCUUCUUAGACUGGAACUAUGUGACGGUGAUGUCCAAGAUCAGGUGGUUUCCUCAAUAUGUGAGCUCGUUGAGGGGUCCUUUUCAAACAUCAAGUCUGGCUGGCGUCCUUUGUUUGGAGCUCUACGGGCAGUACGCAUGCAGCCGCAUCAGCACCAUGAAUCGGAUGAUUCACCAGACAGGGCAGAGCAUCCGCUUGCCCCGGUCUGCAAUGUCUUUGAAGCAUUCCUCAAUACUGAUAACGUGACUGUCUUUGCCAAUGCUGCCAUUGACUGCAUACUGUGUCUUCUGAAAUUUGUCAGGGGUGGAAGCAAUGCGGGUAUAUCAGAAACCAGCAGUGAGGCCGAUGAAGGUGACAUUGGCACCUCUCCAACCAAGCCCUCAUCCCCACGGCAACGACCCCCGAUGACCUACGGUGUCUUUGACCUCUGCUUCCCUGCUCUCAAUUACCUUCAUCGAUGCCACAAGAUUCUUGCCUCUAUUCAUCAGAUGCCCUCCUGCCCUAUGUUCAGGGGAGCGCAUUCCAUCAGGCUGGUGGCUAGAGAGAGUUUUCCUCCAGGGGAAUUAUCACCUCAAAGGUCCUUUCCUCUUCCAAGUUCUCCUACGUCCCCAAGGCAUGGAGGAUUGUCCUCUCUGGGUUUGGAUGAUGAACUCUUCCAGCCUAUCGCCAUGGAAUCAGUAGAUGACUACACUGGAAUCAUCCGGGUCUGGUUCCUUUUACUGGAAGGUUUGACAGGAGCAGUGGCUCUAUGUCCUAGAAGAUAUCAACCUCCUACUUUGGAACUACUCUUUGAACUACUUAGAUCUAUGGCAGUACAUCCUGGGCCUAUGUUCGGUGUCUACGCCGUGACUGAGCUCCUCCUGCCCAUGAUGCACUCUUGGGUGCGUCGCAACCGCCAUGUCCAUUCCACUUGGGAUGCCACUACGGCCAACUUCAAGCAGGCAUGUGGCCUGGCUACUGACCUGGUGGUAGAACACCUGACCCAAGGAAACACCACCCAGGAAACGUGUAACUCACAGUCUGAUGGUAAUAGAGACGGGGAUAUCCCACCGCUGCCACCGAUAAAUGGUCGAUGCCUGAUGCUGAAGCAGUUGCUGGAUAUCCUGGUAGAAUGCAUAGGGCAGUCCAAUGAAUCAGUGGCUAGGCUAGGGUGCUCUUGUAUCAGACAUCUGUUGCUGAGUGCUGGUCCCAGUUUUACCCAUGACAUGUGGACGGUGGCAUGUAAUGGCAUGCAACGAGCUGUGGCAACAAGUCUUCGAAGUAUCAGGCAGCUGAUGUCCUGCUUCCAGCCAGGAUCUGAUGAUUUCAUGGGAGAUGUCUGUCCUGUGAAGGUCGCUGCCCGCAAGGAUGUCACAGAUAUGGAGUACCUUAGACUGCAGCAACUUGCCCAACAGGUGUUCCUCUUAGAAUGCCAGCGACCAGUUUCCAUGGAUAUGACCUCAGAGGAUGACCCAAGGUCGUUCAUAUUUAUCAUCUAUCCUCCUGAUAUGGACCUCACUACAAGCAUUGACCAAAUAAAAUCAAGAGUGUCUUUCCGUGGAAUAGUCCUUGGAUUGUUGGCGCAUCAGUUGCUGAUCCAGACUCUAGGUACAAUCCUCCUCCAUGGAUCAGAGAUUCAAGUCUCUGGUGAACACACUGCAAUCUCCACUACAAGUCUGCCAUCAAAGCUAAGCCCUCAUGAUGGGACAGACUGCCCAACUUCACCCACUACCAACUCCAGUAAGGUACCUCCAUUUGACUCAUCUUUACCUGGUCUCCUUGCGUAUCUCUCACCUCGAAACCUGUCCCUUCUUCUUGAGUGCUUUAUCCAGUCGUACCAGAUUGCCUGCGAGUUCAACAGCAGGCCAGGGUUGAAGUUCCUUCUGCAAAAGGUAUCCAGGUUUGAGGUUGCAGCAAACCUGUACUGGCAAGGUGCAAUGAGCUUCACCUUCUACCUUCACACACUCCUGGAACUCUGCCACCACACACCUCGGAAUAAGAUGGAAGCCUCCCAUAUCAAGGAGAUCAUCAGGGCUCUGUGCCGGAAUGAGGGUAUACCUGAACAUCCCACGAAAUUUGGAGAAGGGGACACUGCUCCGGAAGAAGAGACGACACCAAGUGCUGCAUCACAAAAUGAUAACUCUCGUCAGCGAUCAGCAACUCUGCAGAGUAGGGAUAGUGUCAGCAGUGUAGACAACUUGCAGCUGAAAUGUGACUUAACCUUUCAUCCGAGUUCUGUUGACGAUCUUGAUUGGCUGAUAAAGCGACUUCAUGGUAUAUGUAACGAUGUCUGUGCCUCUUUUAUCCAGCUGCAUGUUGUCCCUAAUUGUGGUAAGAAUGAUGCCCCUCUAUCUUCAGACAUGGCUCUCUUUUUCUUGGUGGCACCUACUACAUCCCCUGAUGAUAGCCGGGAUAGGAUGUUCACCUUUGAACUUGAGGAUGAUCCUCUGUCUGACGGUGACAUCGAUGAUGAUGAGGAGGAUGACAAGGAAAGAGAAGCAAAUGGUGAGCCAAAGCCAAGUAGGCAACACAGAAGCAGUCUUCCAAGAGCCAAAGGUUUCAAAUUUGCAUCUCAUUGGACUCCUAAUGUCAAGUAUGGCUCAGAGGUUAAUGGUGAGGUCAGGGAACAGGAGGUCAAUGUGAUUGAACAGCGUAAGACCAACAGAGAGAAGAUGCUCCGCCAAGGAAGCAGCGGAGAAGAGGAAGGGCAGGUCUACACGGUAGCCACUAAGAAGGCUAUCAAGAGCCUCAUGCAGGAGUACAAGAAGCGUAAACUCCACCACUCCCGCUCUGUCUUCGUCAAGAAGCCCACCUUCAAGGAGCAGAUGUACGGCCGCAUCAAAGCCAAGGAAGCAGCAGCAACGUUGACUCCCGUGGAGCGCCAGCGCCGGAAACAGAUCCAGGAAGAACAGAAGUCGUCCAUCCUGCAAGACAGCGAGGCUCAGAUGCAGACAUGGGGCAACAUGCUAGGCACCAUGUUGAAGCUUCUACAGCUUCUACCUGAUGAACAGUUCAGCGCAUUCCUUCCAGCCAUCUUCCCUUGUAUCAACCAGCUCAUAUGUCAUGUGACCAAUGAUCAGGUUAGGCAAGGGGUCAUGGAGUUCAUGGACAGGGUCGCACGUAUUCAUGGUAUUGCCUGAUUUAAACAUUCCAUUGUAUAAUAUGACAAAAUGAUAUACAUUACAAUAUCCUCUUUUAGCUAUGAAACUACAUGUGUCAUGAUUUUCUAAUCUAUUACAUUUAAUGUUUCCUUUUUCUGAAUUGCUCUGUACUUACUUUUUCUGAAAGCUAUUUAUUUGGUUUGUAUACGUGUUUAGAGUACUAUUAUAUUAGCUGAUAGAAUUCAACAUUUUUCAUCUUGAUAUUAUUUAAUCAUAAUUAUCUAAUGCUGUUUAUCAUCAUAUUUGUGUUAAUAUUAAGGAGAAAAGUGCAGUAAUAUUUGGUUUAUAAAACAUUAAAAUAAAAUCAGGUAGAGUAAAACAUGCAUUGCAAAUAGGAGCCAUUAUGAUCUUUGGAACAUCAUGCUUAUUGAAAUCUACAGGAUUUUAUGGAGAAUUUAUAUUCUAGAAUUUAUAAUUUAUUAAGAAGUAUGAUGUUCGAAGUUCCAUUAUUUUUAGCCUUGAAAAAAAGAAACAGUAUUUAAAACUGCUGUGCAAUAUUGAGAUACAUUCCAACAAUCAUUUUAUUUUUCAGCUUUUGAAAAACAGUUUGCCAUCAAUUUAUUAAUUUGUCAACAAUUAAAACCUGUAUAAAGAACACUUCAAAAUAAGGCAAAUAUUCUUUGUCACUGCAAAUGUGUUGUCUUAUACAAUUUUAGACAUUUCAUCUGACUUAGUAUAAUUGCAUUUUUAUAAGAAGUUUUCUAUGCCUCCCACCACCCCCACAGUCAGAGGCAUUAUGUUUUCGGAUUGUCCGUUUGCCCAUCCUGUUUUCAUUCUUGCAAUAAAUAACCGAUUGAUGGAUUAUAACUUCAAACUUUAUCCAAGUUCUAGUAGGAUCCAUGGUCCAAGUAUGCAUAUAUUAUUAGUUUAAUCUUGGGUCACAAGAUCAAAAGUCAAAGGUGAGAGGUCAUUAUUUGAAAAUAAAAUCUGAUUUGGCAAUGUCAGAGGCAUAAAUUUUUAGUGUGAGCAGAAGAAAAUCCAUCUAGCUUACUUUAAAAAAAUAUAUGAUUAAAGAUAUAUAUUUUAAUGUAUACAUGUAUAUGUAUAUUGAAUUUUGUUUUAUUUUAAAAUGUUUUAUUUUACUGCAAUGUAAGAGGCUGAGAAUUUGAAUAGCAGAGAAAUUUUUACUUGAAUUGCUAAAAUUCAUUUCUAUUGUCUAUUUAAUAAAGAUAAUUAUUUUGAGAAAAAGAAUGUAUGUUUACAACUAGUUUUAGAAACAUUUUGCAUGUAUAUGUAUGUGCAUGAAUUUUGUUUGACUAGAUGACACCAGUUUGUAUUUGUUACAUUUCAACAGCUAGGUCUUUUUUAUUAGGUUAACUUACUAAGGUUUGACAAUUUUCUUAUAGUCUAUUAAUGGGGAAGCAUAUUUAGAUACAUGUAACUAAUUUCUGCCAGCUGUUAAAACCUUGAUUUGGUGAUAUAUCAUCCUCAAUACUUAUUGUCAAACAUUGUCAAUUGAUGUUAAGACCUCAUUUUUUUCCUGCUAAGAGCUAACAGAAUGGAGACAGGGAACCAAAUAUUGAUAGAGAUGAUAUUUCCCUUGGGUAUCAUUUGCAUAGACCUUCCAGAUUUGUUUAAAUAGAUACUUCAAUAUGGCGCGAGGAUGCAAUUCUUGUCAAUGCAUGAAUUUCUGACCAUAAAUUUGUGACUCACACAUUAUUUUGAAGAUAUAUUUUCUGUAAGUUAUCCUAGACUACUUGUAUUAUCAACCAGGAAUUACUAAGAUUUGUUGAUUGUAUUGACAUUUAGAUCAUGGUUUUUAUGGGGUUUUUUUAUAGUUAUUUCCCCAAGUUAUACAGUAGCAUAUGUUAAUGUUCUUUGAAAUUUACCUUGAUUUAAAGUAAAAUGAAAUAAUGAAGGUUUGCAA